UUUUCUCAGUCGCUGCGUCUGACCCGUUUGGGAACUACCAAUGCUUGGUGCUCUUACAGAUAACUGCUUUUUGUGUUCUGAAAACGGGUAGCAGUUGCAUUGCAGCGGCAGUCAAACUCGAUGUUUGCUAUGCUUGGUUUUGCUCGUAGUAGUUACGCUUGGAGGCUUAUCUUACACAGGGAGAACGCAAUUGCCGUUUAUCCUGGCGGACACUUCCCUAGAGAGAGUCCCGCACCGUUCAGCUAUGCUGUUGAAGGUGUCCAAGCUACUUCAACAAUUUCUGAACGGAUCCGUGUUCUUGAGCCUCGUAUGUAUCCUGUGGUGACUGGUCUGUUCCUGUCACAAAAAUCUGGAGAAACGGAUAUACAUAAUGAUAGUGGACUCUUUCCUAGUGAGUCUAUGCAGCUGAGCCUUGGCUAUUCUUUUGGGGUGCAGGUUGAAAGUGCUCACCCAGCAGAAGCAGCAGUUCAUGGACGGUUUUGUGUUUUUGAGGAUGGAAUAACCUUGACUUCUGUAGUGAAUGGUCAGAUAAUUGGAUUAACGUCACACUCGUAUACUACAUGUAUUUCAUCAGCAAAUAAACCUGAUGAAGCAAACAUAGCAUUGGCCUAUCAAAUGAAGCCCAUUAAGAAUACAGAUGGACAUGCACACAGACUAAGCAGUCUACUGACAGACAAUGAGGUGUAUCCUGUGCAAGCUGCUGACUCGUAAACUAUUAAUAACAAAUCUAUAUGUAUUGAAUUGUAUUGUGUGCACUCACAAUGUGUUACACUUAUGAAGAGAACUACGCAUUCCAAAACUAUUUAAUAUUUUUAAACAA